AUGGCAAUACCUGAGAUUGAAUUAUUCUGGCAAGCAUCAGCUCAAGUCAUGGCAGGCUGCCAACUCCUCGCCGAGAUCCUCCGAGACGUCGAGAACAGAGAUGUAUUCACCAAUAAACUAGCUUUCCUCCUCGAAGACCUAAUCGAUCUACAAGAAAUAGUGUCCCAAAAAGCAGCAGGGAUUUCAGAGAACAAAAGCCUGGUUCGUCAGGAUAUUCUCCAGGAUCGAAUCUGGCAAGUCGAAGAUAUCUUCCGCGGGAUGCUUGUUGGACAGGAGCAGACCGCGGUAGAUCUCUGUACUCGUCCUCUAUUUGCUAGGCAGCUUGAAAGGGCAUAUGAUAUUUUAGACGGGCUUAUGGUGACAUCGUGGCAACGGCUUGGACUGGAACUUGGUGCUACUAAGACAAACUUUGAUACUUGA